AUGCAAGAACCUUGUGGAAAAUGCACCAAGACCGUCUACGCCAACGAAAAACUCGAAGCUGCUGGAAGGUGGUUUCACAAGGGCUGCUUUAAGUGCAAUGAGGCUGAAUGUGGUAUUCAGCUUAACUUGAAGAACUUUAAGGCGGACCAGGGCAGUGUGUGGUGCGAAAAACACAUUCCAAAGCCAACCCAUACUGCCAUCACAGACAGUAUCUCUGUUGUCCAUGCCCUUCAUGCUCCUAAAAAAGCUUCUGAAGGGUUACACAAGGCUCAAGUUGGUACGGGUGAGACGCCAGCAUAUGGGUUAGAGACGAUGUCUGUUCAGCACGCUCUUGCUGCACCAAAAAAACCAAUUGAAAAUAUUGGUAAUGUUAAAAAGGACGAUGCUGGAUAUGGGUCUCAGGAAGCUCUCCAUGCUUCGGGUCAUUGAAGUUUAUUCCUAAAUCUGACAUUUAAAACGUAUUCGUUUAAAAUAAAUUACGAUUGUUUUCAAAAA